AUGGCGACGGACGAGAACAACCACAAGAACGAGGCGCGCGACGACUGGACCGGCUGCACCUUCCGGGUGGAGCGGGGGCCCAGCAGCGAAGGCCGGGCCUGGGGCAUGGCCGACAUCCUGACCGACGUACCGCGCCGCGUUUGGCCCGCGCGGCCCGGAAUUUCGCCCCGCCGCCCCGCGCGGGACCGGGCGCGACCGCGCCGCCUCACGGCCCCCGCGCAGGCGUUCGCGGGCCACGCCGAAGACCACUGGAUUAACGUCGUCACGUCGCGCGCGGGCGGCGCCUUCGCCGAGGUAAGGCGCCCGCCCGCCCCGCGAGAGCCCGCGCGCCGCGCAGCGCGUGGCCGUUGCGAGAGUGCGCGCGCGCGCGCGCGCGCGCCCGAAAAUUCGCUUCGCGCGCGACGCCGUCGACCGCGCCCCCCGCGCGCAGCUCUGGGAGGCGAGCCUCGAAAGCGACGUCCUGGGCGUGCGGUCCCGUCGCAGCCAUGAUCGACUGCGGAAGUGACUUUGUGAUUCGCGCAGGUCCUCGCGGUCAUCUCCUUCGAGUGGUGAGCGCGUCGGCGUCGGGACCCGUUCGCGCCGGCGGCGGGCUCUAUUUACGCUUUUCAACACAGGAGAGACACCGCGGUCUACUGCCACGCCGUGGCCACGAGUCCGGCCUACCGCUCGCGCGCGGGCUCGAGCGGCUCGUUGCAGGCGGGCUCGCGGCUCGUCGCGUACUUUUUUCGGCGUCCACCUUUUGCCUUCUGGACCUGUUCAUGCGAUCAAGGAUCCUUUCGUGUGCUGCUCUUCGAUUCUAGGUGGGCACGGGACCCUUCUCGGCAUCGUUUGUCGGAUCCGACCGGCCGAGCUUCCGAAUCAGAAGGGUACGUCCGCGCAGGUGUGUACCAGUGCACUUCACCCGAAAACUUGAUAUCAUCGAGUAAUGCGAUGACUAAACGACUGAAGACCUUCAAAUUUGCAUCUACGCCUCCUGAAUCGCGUGGAGGUCGUCUUCCGCGCAGGUGCUUCCUCGCGUGGUGCACGCAGUUCCAAAUUACGCACGUGUUCCUCGAAGCGGUGUUACUCCUGCGUCCUUCGGACUUCUUCAAGACUUGUGAGAGCCUUUUGACGUCGCGCCUCGAGCCAGGCGCCUUCACAAAAACACACCGUCACCGCGCGUUCGACGCGUCAUCGUUCUCACGCCUUAAAUCCCCUCCGCAGACGCAUGGACCGGCGUCCGCUACUCGAAUCGGUGUUUUUUGCCACCGCGCCGCCGCGGGCCUUUUUCUCGCGCGCCUCACUCGGCCGACGCCCGCAGGACGGGAGAAGACGGCUCGACGCCCUUCUGGCGCAAGGCCGGCACGUCGUUGUUUACCUACAAGUCGCGCGCCUGGCGCAUGCGCUACGCCCAGGCGCAGUUCCAACUGGUCAAAUGCGCGAGCCGGCGCGGCCGUCGUCGGGCGGCCCGCUCCAACGUUUCAACGCAUAGGCAAGGACGACAUGGCGCCCGUCUUCGGCGAGGGCGGCAACCUGCCGACGCGGUUUUUCGAGCUCGACCGCGAGAUGCUGAAGCGCGAAGGGUUCGACUUCGAGAAAUUCGCCAAGAAGGUGCGACGUCCUCGACCAUACAAAAUCGACUCAGCACGUCGCAGGCGAUGCAGGACACCGUCACGUCGCGCGAGCUCUUCGAGCGCAUGCCGACGCGACCCGCGCUCGCCGAGCCCGAGGUCGCCGCGCACAAGGUACGCGCCUACGAGGACGACUCCACGGACUGGGCGCCGUCGAGCGGCCGCGCGGCGGCGCCCGACCAGCCCGCGCAGCCGGCGCGCCGGCGCCCGGUGCGCUCGACGCGGAACCGCGACCCCGUCUACACGGGGCAGAAGACGAUUGGUGGCACGGCGCCGAAGCGAUCCGCGCCGCUCGUCCGCGUCGGCACGGAGCUGCGGUUUGAGCUCAUUGCCAAGCCGGCGCUCGGAAGCCACGUCCACGGCGCGGAUCCGCGUCCGAUGAUGGAAUCGUUGCUUACACUAUUUAACAGGCGAACGGGCGGUCCGCGUCAUGGGCAACAUUUUCGCCAUCGCCCAGCUCGACAUGCAGCGCGUUUCCGGUGUCCUUGCUUCCGUCGGCCGUCCGAGACGUUCUCGCGCGCAGGCAGAAAAAGUUGCGGCUACCCAACGGAUCCGUGGUCGUCAUGACGCCCUGCGCCGUCGAUGCCAGCGCGAUUCUCGUAAUACUCGGACUCGACGUACCUACGCGCGCAGGUCGAGAUAGCUGGCGGGAGCGUCGGGGGCAAGGCCCUGAUGCUGCGGGAGCCGGUGCGACGCGACCGCAUCGUCACGAUCCUCCCGUCGGGCAAGGUACGGCCAUUUCUUAUUUUACGGCCGCCUCACUCGUUUCUACACGUAGGUCGGAAGAGAAUUAGUGAAGAAACGGGCGCCGCCCGGCGAGGCCAAUUGUGUCGUGGUCCGCCACACGGCUUCCGACGGCUCCAAGGGUUUGCAUUUACGAGCCAUUGCCACGAUGGCGCCCGGCACGCAGCUGACCAUCACGUCUCGCGUCGGUGCCAAAUUUGACUAAAACGGCCGCUUUACUGGUUCCCACGCAGGUUCGAGGAACCGGCCGAGGUCAAGGCCGACAUGGACGUCGACGACGACAACGGCGCGGCGCCGAUGCUGGUCGAGCCGCGGCCGGCCGAAGAUAAUCGACUCCAGCCCAUGUCCGACGAGUUCGACGGCGACGGCGCGCCCGCGACCGAGGACGGCGUGCUGCUCUUACCUCGCGGUCUGUUCGACGCUUUAGACGACGACGACGCCGCCGCGGACUUCCCGUCGCGGCGCCGCGAGACUAUGUUGGGAGAUUCGUCUGAUGAUGAAUCGGUCGACUCUCUCUUGGACUCGGACUCCGACUCCGAGGACGACGUCGCAUCCUGGGCUUUAGAUUCCGUGCGCCUCUUCCCGCGGCCACGUCAUCGCCGAGAAAUUCCACACACUGGUUGAUUUCCACACAGGCGACGACGACGGCGAGGAGCAGGGCGCCCUCGAGUCCGCCGUGGCUGCCGGCGUCGUCGCGCGGCGCCGGGGCGGCGGCGGCCCGCGGGGCGCGCGGCCCGGCUUCGCGCUCGGCGCCGCUGAGGAGGAACCGGUCGCGGACGACGCCGACUCCGACGACGAGGAGGCCGACGAGGUCGACCCGGACUUCGAUCCCGACGACGACGUCACGAUGCGGGACCCGGAGCCGACGUCGCGCAAGCGCAAGGCGCCGCCGGCGCCGCGGCCGAAGCGGCGCCGCAAGACCAAGGCCGCGCCCGUCGAGCCCGUGCUGUCGGAGUACGAACUCGGCCGGCGCGCCAAGAUCAAGCGGAACAACAAGUUCCUCGUGUCGGUCGGGCUCUUGUUCCCGCGCUGAGUCAGCGUCUCGCAGAAACUUCAACUUUGGGAAGAUGGCGUCGUCAUGAUCACGACGCCGCCGUGACACCGUCGUCGUCAUCGUCGAAGCGUCGACGCGUCUCGUGAGUUUACGGUGUCGAUGAUAACAGGCCGAAGGAGGCGCUCGAGGACGACGAGCACCCCUGGUGGUACAUGACGGCACGCUGAGGGCGCGACCGUCCAAUACGUUUUCCCUCCCCCUUUUUCCCUUCUUCCCCCGCUGAUGUUCGAGAU